AUGCCAGUGCCUGAGGUGGCGUCUGACACUGCCAGAGCUGCCACCAUGUUGAGCCCCGUCUUCAAUGCCUCCAACGGAGACGGCUCCGAGUCUGAAACCACCUCCGCAAUCCUCGCCUCCGUCAAGGAACAGGAGUUGCAGUUUGAACGUCUGACCAGGGAGCUGGAAGCCGAACGACAGAUUGUUGCCAGUCAGCUGGAGAGAUGCAAGCUUGGCUCUGAGACUGGAAGCAUGACAAGCAUCAGUUCCGCAGAGGAAAAAUUUCGCUGGAACAACCAAGAUGGACACAAGGACAUAGAGGAAGAGCUGACAACAGGCCUGGAGCUGGUGGACUCGUGCAUCCGGUCGCUCCAGGAAUCGGGCAUCUUGGACUCCCAGGACACCUCUGCAGGAGACCGACAAGGACUCCUGUCCCAAAGUGCUCUGCAGCUCAAUAACCAAGAUGCUUAUGCAGGAGCUGGUUACCAUAGUAACCAAGGCCUGGCACUUGGGGAAGCAGUCAUGGGCCGCGGCGGGCAGGUUGGGGGGGCAGUUCACAGCUAUAACCAGGUGACAUCCAGCCGAGCAGCUGCCCAUUUCGCGGGGACAGACUCCCAGUCCCAGAGAGACUCAUUUGCCCAGCAGGCCCAUGGCAGCGCCUUCCACAUGCCCAGCGAGGGAUCUGCACCUUCUGGACCGCCCAUGUAUUACUCCUGUGCCACUCUACCUGCACAGCGUGUCAGCUCCCCUCUACAGGCGGUGGGAUCCCCUACCAAGCUGCAGCGCCUGGGAUCAGUCUCCUCCGACAUGCCCAGCUACGCCACGCUACAGAGGGUGUCCUCGCCCAAACAGUCCCCCAGCCGACUCGCCAAGUCCUACAGCACCUCAUCGCCCAUCAACAUGGUAGCAUCGGGUGCCGGCUCCUCCUCUCCCCUCCCCAUGAACGCCUCCCCAGGAGGCAACCACAGCUCGUCGCCCAUCCACCAGCUCAGCUCAGUAGUGGGAAGCUAUGCCACGCUGUCGCCCACCAAGCGCAUGAUGCAUCACAUCGGACCGGACGGCUACAAGAUUUCCCACGAGCUAUACGCCAACGCAACCCUGCAAAGGCCUGGUAGCCUGGCAGGCUCCAGAGGUUCCUACAGCAGCCAGCACAGUCACCUGGGCUCUGAGCUUCGACCUCUGCAGUCCCCUGAACACCAUAUUGACCCGAUCUACGAAGACAGAGUCUACACCAAACCCAGCCUUAGAGGACAAGGUAAGCAGACAUGGGUGGUGAACCAGUUGUACCAAGAGGUCCUCAACUAUCUGCUCUGUCCCUACACUCCUAUUCCUGCUUUAGCCCCGCCUUCUCCCGGUGUCGACCCAAUCCCCUUGCAGCGAACGGCAAGCCAGAGCGCCACCGGAACUUUUCAGCGAGGCAGCUUCGCCACAGGAGGCGGGGCAGCUGACUACUCCAACCAGUAUCGCACUCUGCAGUUCUGCCCGUCCACUGAGUCGCCUUACAGCAAGUCAGGCCCGGCCCUCCCCCCUGAGGCUUCCCUGGGCCGCUCUCCAUCCGUAGACAGCAUCCAGAAGGAUCCAAGGUACGACCCAGAAUUCCUUGUGUGGAAUCAAAAUCAAGCCGAGCAAAGAAUGACAAAGGAGUUUGGCUGGAGGGAUCCAGAGCUGCCAGAGGUAAUCCAGAUGUUGCAGCAUCAGUUCCCAUCAGUCCAAUCCAACGCUGCUGCCUACCUCCAGCACCUCUGCUUCGGAGACAACAAGAUCAAAUCUGAGAUCCGGCGGCAGGGCGGCAUCCAGCUGCUGGUGGACCUGUUGGACCACCGGAUGACUGAUGUUCACCGCAGCGCCUGCGGAGCCCUGAGGAACCUGGUGUACGGAAAAGCCAAUGACGACAACAAGAUUGCACUGAAGAACUGUGGAGGCAUACCCGCUCUGGUCCGACUGCUCCGGAAGACCACAGAUGUGGAGAUACGAGAGCUGCUCACAGGAGUCCUGUGGAACCUGUCGUCAUGCGAUGCCCUGAAGAUGCCCAUCAUCCAGGAUGCCCUGGCCGUGCUGACCAACGCUGUGAUCAUCCCUCACUCGGGCUGGGACACCUCCCCGCAUACACAGGAGGACCGCAAACUGCACCUCCACUCCUCGCAGGUCCUCCGCAACGCCACGGGCUGUCUCCGGAAUGUGAGUUCGGCUGGCGAGGAAGCCCGCAGGAGAAUGAGGGAGUGUGAGGGGCUGACAGACGCUCUGCUCUAUGUCAUCCAGACCGCUCUGGGGAGCAGUGAGAUUGACAGCAAGACUGUAGAGAACUGUGUGUGCAUCCUGAGGAACUUGUCGUACCGUCUGGCCGCAGAGACAUCUCAGAGCCAACAGGGGGGAUCGGAGGAGCUGGACGGUCUGUUAUGUGACACCGGCGGGAAGGACGCUGAAAGUUCUGGAUGCUGGGGCAAGAAGAAGAAGAAAAAGAAGGGACACGACCAGUGGGACGGUGUCGGCCCAUUUCCAGACUUGGCGGAGCCCCCGAAAGGCAUCCAGAUGUUAUGGCACCCCACUAUUGUCAAGCCCUACCUCACACUGCUGUCUGAGUGCUCCAACCCAGACACCCUGGAGGGAGCAGCUGGGGCCCUGCAGAACCUGGCUGCUGGCAGCUGGAAGGUAGGAGCUCAGUGGUCGGUGUACAUCCGGGCUGCGGUGCGGAAGGAGAAGGGCCUUCCCAUCUUGGUGGAGCUGCUGAGGAUAGACAACGACCGGGUGGUGUGUGCUGUGGCCACUGCGCUGAGGAACAUGGCCCUGGACAUCAGGAACAAGGAGCUCAUUGGUAAAUACGCCAUGAGGGACCUGGUGCACCGUUUGCCUGGAGGCAGCAACAACAACAACAGCACCGGCGGUGGAGGAGGUGGCGGGGGCGCCAACAACAACAGCAGCCUGGUGGGGAAGACCAUGUCGGACGACACCGUCACAGCUAUCUGCUGCGCUCUGCAUGAGGUCAUCACCAAGAAUAUGGAGAACACCAAGGCUCUGAGGGACGCCGGCGGCAUCGAGAAGCUCAUCGGCAUCGCCCGCAGCAAAGGAGACAAACAUAGUCCUAAAGUGGUGAAAGCAGCAUCUCAAGUCCUGAACAGCAUGUGGCAAUACAGAGACCUCCGCAGCCUCUACAAAAAGGACGGCUACUCUCAGUACCACUUUGUCGGCUCCUCCUCCACGAUAGAAAGAGACAGACAGCGACCUUACUCUUCCUCCCGUACUCCGUCCAUCUCUCCCGUACGGACCUCACCCAACAAUCGAUCAGCAAGUGCGCCCGCUUCCCCCAGGGAGAUGAUGGUGAUGAAGGAGAGGAAGGCAGACUAUGAGACUGGCAAUGCCAGUUACCAUGGCAACAAGGGCGAGCACACAUCCCGGAAGGAUGCCAUGACGAGUCAAAUCUCUGGUGGCUCUUCAACACUACACAGAGGAGCGUACGUGUCACCUACCGAUGAACUGAAGUAUAAUCAGGUCUCUUGUCAAGGCUUGCCCUCAGAGCCCUACCCUCCGUUCCAAAACCCCCCGCCGCCCGACAGCGGCAGCUACGAGGACCAGGCCUUCUACGAGAACCAGGUUCACGUGGGAGGGCGCCCUCCGCAGGGUGAACUCAACAUGCACCUGGGGGGCCUCAAGUCCACUGGCAACUAUGUAGACUUCUACUCAGCCUCGCGGCCCUACAGUGAGCUCAACUACGAGACCAGCCACUAUCCAGCCUCACCGGACUCCUGGGUGUGA